AAGUGGUGCCGUGUUAAAACAUUUUUAUUGCGUUGCAAAUUGAUGUCUACCGUGUAGCACAAUAUCACUGUGCCAGCGCAAACGAUACGCUUCCGAGUGGAGGACAAAACGAUGCAAGCGUGUCCAUUCCCACAAUGAUAGCGUAAUUGUUUGGCCCAUAUAUCCAAGCCUUAACACGGGCCGAAGAGCAAACACCUCAAUUGCUCAAUAAGCCCGAGGAUAUAGCGUCAAUGUUGUUGGCAACGUGUACGUCGAUCUCAUCGAGUUGAUCAAACAAACAAACAAUGAAAUUCCAAUAAAUAAAUUCAAUAAAAGAUUCGACAAUGGGAGUGAAAUGAGACAUGUACACGACAUCGAAUGACCACCGUGACGGUCAGAGAAGAAAGCAUGGCGAUGAUCUCAUCAACAGUAGAAGAUUAAAACGAGAGCAUUGUACAGGAUUGAUUUUGUUGGUUUUGUUUAUUAUCAAAGAGCAGGCUAUCCUAUUUAAAGCCUUGAAAGCCUCAUUUACCAAAUUUUCAAUAUAUGAAAUGUUUAAACGAAUCGAUACAGGCCACAAUAAAACGAUCGGAUAAGUUGAAGCUAUUUGCUUUUUAACGUUAGUUUAAUCUCCUAAUCACUUACUUCAAUGUUUCCCUAGUCUUUUUUCUAGCAGACCGAGAUUGGAAAACAACCAUAACGAAUUUCCCCGUUCUCCUGCAGCCAAUGAAAGGAGAACUUUGGUGGCGAAAUGUCUUCGUGGGGGUUCUGCUUCGUCAGACGACUAACCGUUCUGCUUCGUCAGAAGACUAACCGUUCUGCUUGCUGAGCGCUGUAAGUAGUACCCUACUUACUGUCCUCCAUUUAACAAUAAGAUACGAAAACCGUUACGGUAUUGCCGCCGUGUGUAAUCACAUUUUAAGUGCUUAGUUAAUUGUGCAAAAAGCUGCUAAAUGAUGCGUCGGAUUGCGGAGGGAUUACCUAUGUAAUUAUUCAAAUGCGUAUUAUUAAGUGCAUGUGGGCCGCAUUGUAUUAAGAGCAUUAACAAACAACUAGCCAAGAAAGUACUUUUGUCUCUUAUCGAGUAAUGCACAUCAACAUGGAUUCACUCUUAUCAGCACCGAAUAACGUAACGUGUUUUCUAACGCGACGGAAUUUUAAAUUUGGCUUUUACUUUUACGGUUGUACAUAGCCAACUAUUUCGAAAUCUGCUGAAUGGGUAUUUAUCGAUUCUAAGUAGUUGAAGUACAAUCUUCACGAAGAAAUGCAUUGCUAGCCUGUGACUCGCCAUCUCUUUGUGUCAACAAAACAUUGACUGUGAGAUAAUGAAUGGAUAGAUAAAAUAGAAGUUAUUACACACAAGUGAUGGCUAACACAAUUCUUUAGUUAGAUGUUUCCUAUCCACUGUACAAGGUGAGUGGAAAACAAUCGGUAAAAAAAAGUAGUUCUCCAAACCGAAAAAAUUCUCUGCUUGAAAACCACAAAUCCAGCGGACGUUCCAACAAUGUCGAAUCAACAAACGGAGGGCUCGUUCGAAAACCCGUGCCCGCGAAAUUACCAACUGGAACUGUACAAAUAUGCGUGUCGUGAAAAUACCGUCGUGUAUCUUCCGACGGGCUCGGGCAAGACGAUGAUCGCUGUACUGCUCAUACGAGACAUGGCCGCUCAAGUUAAAAAGCCGUUGAUAGAAGGUGGACGCCGUAUUAUUUUUCUUGUACCAACUGUCGUUUUAGCCAAACAGCAAUCCAGCUACAUCCGGCGUCACACGUGCCUGGAAAUUGGCGAAUAUUACGGCGAAUUGGGCGUAGAUCUAUGGAGAGGAGAUCGGUGGACAAAAGAGUUGGAUAAAAACAACGUUUUGGUUAUGACGGCUCAAUUGUUCGUCAACGCAGUACAUCAUGGCUUCAUUAAAGUUGGCAGUAUCGCUCUGUUGGUAUUCGACGAGUGCCAUAGAGCUGUUAAAGACUCGCCCAUGAAGCAAGCGUUGACCGUAGUGAAUGAAAUCUGCGGGCGCAACGGAGCAAAUAGAGCACCGCGCAUAUUGGGUCUGACUGCCGCCCUUUUCCUAGAGAAAUGCAAGCCAAGGGCUGUGUCAAAAAUCAUCAGCCAGCUGAAAACCAACAUGAAAGCUUGCAUUCGUACAGCGGAUCCGCACAAGAUUGAGGGAUAUUCUACAAAACCGAUAGAAAUCAUCUGUGAAUAUUCACAGACAAAUGCCGAGACAGCCUGGCUUUCGUCACACAUUCAAGAAUUGUUGGACGGUUGCGUAAUGCAGUUACGCGAAAACUUGCACACAAAUGCAGGCUGUCCAGAAGAACUGAUUGAUAUCAUACGAGAAAUCAAAGUUCUGACUACAAUUUUUGGUCCAUACGGUACCAAUCAUACAGUGUCAAUUUUUACCAAAGAAAUCCAACGGCUAGGAUUUCAAUCAACUAAAGUUUUGCAGCAAGGAAGAUUCUUUCAGUUAGUGCUAGAUAUGUUGGAGGAAAUAGGAAACGUAUGCGAACAAAUUUUUGGCUCUCUUAGCCCGCUCGAGCGCCUCCGCCUUUUCACAACCCCUCAUGUUACGCGCUUGAUGGAUAUUUUGCGCCGCUUCGGCCCUCAAAAAUCUGGCCAGUACAUCCCGCUAUGCAGCAUUGUAUUUGUCGAUCGCCGGUCUUCUGCAAACGUUUUGUAUCACAUACUUCGAGCUGCGAGUAAAUGCGAUCCGGAGCUUUCCUACUUAACGCCACUGUUUACGAUGGGUCAGGCUUCAGGAAAGCCCAAAGGAAAAAUGAAGGAAGCCAAUCACUUGAAUCAAAGCCAAACUCAAAUUAUCCGGGGAUUCCGAGAUGGUAGCUGUAACCUUUUGGUGGCCACUUCCGUACUUGAGGAAGGCGUCGACGUUCGAGCCUGUAAUCUGGUGGUUCGCUUUGACGGAAUUAAAACGUAUUGUGAUUACGUUCAAUCUAAGGGUAGAGCUCGAUCGCCGAAUGCAUUCUACAUAAUAAUGGUACCGGAAGACAAAUUGGAUGAUUUCUUAGACACGUUGUCUGGUUUCCACUCCAUUGAGCAAUCAUUGCUUGACCCGUCCUCCCUCACACUGUCCAGCGUGACGGAAGAGGAGCCCGUCGACCGACAAAUAGAAGAAUACUGGCAGACUAGAAUACCUCCGUACUGCCCUGUACCCGGUGGACCCCGAAUUACUCUUUUAAGUUCUAUUGGAUUACUUAACUGGUAUUGCGCUUCUUUGCCGUCAGGAGGAUCUCCGACAGCACUCGUUCCUUAUUGGACAAUGCUUGAAAUUGGUCGUCAUAACUGGAUGGAAUUAGACGCGAAAUGUGUUGAUCAUCUACGUGGGACAUCGAGCAAAUUUCCACUUUACCAGUGCAGCAUACUAUUGCCACUGAAUGCGCCGUUGAGAGAGGAAUUGAUUAGCAAAAUACUGCCUUCAAAACGUUUGGCCAGGCAAGAAGUAGCUUUUCAGGCUUGCAUACGUCUUCACAAACUUGGCGAAUUAGAUGACCAGCACCUGUUGCCUCUGAGUAAAAGCAUUCCCAUCGAUGAGGAAGACGAUGACAUCUUUUUUAACUUUGACUCAAAUAAUCCGCAAGAAAAUGAUUUCUAUCCUAGAGGAAUUGCUAGCCUCUUUGAUCAAAAACUUGUGGCUCCUUACCACCUUUAUUUGAUCACAUACGAACUGGAGAAUAGUUCGACGGCUGUUCAGCAAGAAGGUGUUUUCAACCCAAACUAUGCUGAAAGACGUUUAGGAUUUCUGUCGAGUCGAAGGUUACCCCCAGUCAACCCGUUCGGACUGUUCUCUCCCGCGGGCCAGUUUAAUGUGGGAUUUCAAGAAAUUCAUAACCACCAACCAUUGAGUGACGUAGAUAUUGAACUAUGCCAUCGUUUUCAACAGUUUGUCUUCGAAAGAAUCCUCGAAUUUCCGCAAGAUGAACAGUACAAUCGCGAAAAAUGCAGUUACGUGAUUGUUCCAAUGAAUUCAGCAAACAAUCAAAUAGAUUUGGAUUUCAUACGUCACCAACUGGACUCCACAGUCCCUGAUUGGCAAGACCAUUCGUCAGGGGAUAGCAAUUUUUAUCAAGUUUACCGCGAUGCAGUCGUUAUUUCUCAGCAUAACCAAGCGAAAGGAAAAUCUCGUUAUUACUACGUCAACACCAUUCGCCGCGACCUAACGCCAUUAUCACCUUUCCCUAAUAAAGCCUUUCCUACUUACCUUGACUAUUACCGGGAUCGCUAUUGCAUUCAGAUAAGGAAUCUCCAACAAUCGCUUCUAGAGGUCACCAAGGAAUCGCUUAAAUCAUUUAAUUUCCUGACGCCCAAGUACGUGAACCGCAAAGGAGCAACGGAGAAGGACACGAAACUAAGAGGAGCCAUUCAUUUUAUACCGGAAUUAUGCCAUGUCCACCGCUUCCCUGCGUCUAUGUGGAGACAAAGUGUUUGGAUACCUUCGAUAUUCUAUCGCCUUAACUCACUUCUAUUGGCUGAUGAAUUGAGGAUAGAAAUCCGGAACGAAACGGGCCUUGGGCAUGAAUUGUCAUUUUUACAAUCAGGUGUUCCAUGCUGGGAGCCUCUUGAAAUCAAAGUGAACUCGUCAGUUGACGUGGCGAAAAGAAUUGCCAACGAUUCUGGAUCAAAGAUCCAAUUAGUCAAGGAGGAUGUGUUUGGAAACAAAAACGGUUUCAGUCAAAACCCUUUGACACUGUCAGACGCUAUAGAAGAUCAGAUGGAUUUAAAACAUUCACUAUGGAACGUGGAUUUGUUCUUUUCGGAGACAAACAAGAGUUCUACGAAGGUCGAAAAAUUGAAGUCCAAAACUAAUGAUUAUGUCAAUGGUGAAGAUCAUUUUGCACCCACUGUAGAAGUACAAAAUGUCCACUUUGAUGACGUUGUCACAAAGACUUUGACUGGUCCGUCUCCGGGUGAACUGUUACAAUCACUUACCACAUCGGUAGCUAACGCUGGUUUUAAUUUGGAGCGUUUGGAAGUCAUCGGUGACUCAAUUUUAAAACUAGCAACCAGCAUUCACAUCUAUUGCAAAUCCCCAAGUCACUUUCAUGAGGGGAAAAUGACCCAUUUACGGAUAAAACAAGUGUGUAAUGCAAAUUUAUUCAAACUGGGGAAAAGCAAAUCGAUUCCCCGAUUUAUGGUUGCCACUAAAUUUUUACCAAAAGAAAAUUGGCUCUCACCCUGUUAUUUUCCCAACAACGUAGACAGCGAUGUGGAAAGCUUGGUGAAACCGAAUGUUAAAUUAUGGCAGAGGAUUAGGAAGAAAACCAUAGCGGACUCGGUGGAAGCAUUGUUCGGUCUUUACCUUACACUUCAUGGAAUAAAAGGAGCACUAAAGGUCAUGCGAUGGAUGGGGGUCGAUGUUCCAGAUCCCGGCGAAGGCACCUUUUCCUUCGGUGGUUCUACACCACAUCCUUUGUUAGUUGACUUUCCCCAGGCUGAACUCCAUCUUGAAGACCAUCUUGUGGGUUUCGACGCUCUGGAACGCAGCAUCAACUUCCGUUUCCGCAACCGUUUUUAUCUGCUUCAAGCCUUCAGUCACGCUUCAUACCAUAACAAUCGGAUGACCAGUUGCUAUCAGCGUCUUGAAUUUCUAGGCGAUGCCGUGUUUGAUUAUCUGAUUACUAAAUACCUGUACGAAACACGCCUGUUUCAACUCACGCCCGGUGCGCUGAGUGACAUGAGAUCGGCGCUAGUAAAUAAUGUCACGUUCGCCGUUUUGGCCGUACGGAAUGGAUUUCAUCGUUUUUUAAAGCAUAUGGUUCCCGACGUGCAUCAAUCGAUCGACAGAUUCGUUCAACAGCAGGAAAUGUGUGACCACGCCAUACCUGACGAGUUUUCCCUGGUAGGGACAAAAGACGAUCCAAUGGCCGAAGACAUUGAAGUGCCCAAAGUGUUGGGUGACAUUUUCGAGUCGUUAGUCGGCGCCGUCUUUCUCGAUUCAGACAUGUCUUUGGAUGUGGUUUGGCGAAUUUUUUAUCCAUUCGUCCGUGACGAAAUCGAAGCUUGCACUCGAACAGUUCCGAAAUCUCCCAUCAGGAAACUUUACGAAAAAUAUCCGGGCAAGGUGGAAUUCAAAAGCCUCGGAAAACUGCCAGACGGUCGUAUUUGUGUAGGAGUGGAAAUUAUGAACAAUGGGCGAUUGUAUAAAGCGGUGGGUAGAAAUACCCGCAUCGCUAAAAACACUGCAGCUAAGUAUGCCAUCAGUCUACUUGAAAACUGAUACGAUUUCUACGCAAAGUCUCGACGAAGAAAUUGUACGCGAAUUUCAAUCGUUACGUAUGCCCAGAAUUCAAUUCCUCCAAAAAUUUCCGGUGCCAGUUUGUUACCCCUACCAGUGGCGUCCAGUUUACGUAAUUAUCAAGAAAGGUAUUUUAACUGAAACAAAUUCAAUCGAUCCAAUAAUAACAGAGGCAAAAGCCAAAGACAAAGUA